AUGGAGCCAGUCUUUCCUCUAUUGCAAGUGGUAAUGGCCAUUCUUAAUUUUUCAAGAGCUAAUGCAACUAUUUGUCACCUACAAGGACGACCAGUAUAUCCACAGCUGUGGAAUGAUGGUGAUAUCAUAGUUGGAGGUAUUUUCCCUUUACACAGUCAUUGGGAGUUCACAGAUCUGUCCUAUUCGGUCGUUCCUCCUCCACUGAAGUGCAUAAGUCUUGAUUUCACAGCCUUGGAGUCUUCACUGACCCUGAUCUUUGCAGUAGAGGAGAUCAACAACAGUUCAUCGUUACUGCCUGGAAUCACAUUGGGAUACAAGGUAUAUGACACAUGUAGUUCUACAUUAAUGGGGGUUAAAAUGGCUAUGGCACUUGUGAAUGGACAUGAGAACUCAAUCUCGGAUGAGCCCUGUACAAAGCCAGCACAGGCGCAAGCCAUAAUAGGCGAGGCAUACUCAUCAGUGUCUAUGGCUGUAGCAAAGAGUAUAGGACCUUUCAGUGUUCCACUAAUCAGUUGCUUUUCCACCUGUGAGUGUCUCAGUGACAAGAGGAAAUACCCCUCAUUUCUGCGCACUAUCCCUAGUGACUACUUCCAGAGUAGAGCCCUGGCAGAAAUGGUCAAUCACUUUGGCUGGACCUGGGUGGGAGCAAUAAGAAGAGAUGAUGACUAUGGUAACAGUGGGAUGGCUGCAUUUACUGAAGUUGCAGAGAAAUUGGGCAUAUGCUUAGAAUAUUCCCUUCCAUUUUCUAAAACCUACUCAGAAGAAAGAGUGCUGAGAAUUGUUGAGCAGGUCAAAAAUGCCACAUCUCGAGUGAUUGUGGGAUUUCUUGGCACUCGGGAGCUAGAGAUCUUGCUCCAUGUUUUUUUUGAGCACGACAUCACUGGAUUCCAGUGGGUAGGAACUGAGGGUUGGAUCUCAGAUUCAGAAUUGGCCACACUAGAUAAGAACAAUAUACUACAAGGAGCCAUUGGGCUAGCCAUUCCCAAAACAAAGGUUACAGGUCUAAAAAACUUCUUUCUAGAUAUAAGACCACUGAAAUCUGAAGGCAGUGUCAUUUUUAAAGAAUUCUGGGAGGCUCUCUUUAAGUGUAAAUAUACCUUGCAGAAUAAUUCAGAGGACCUAUCAGUGUGCACAGGAGAAGAGAAAUUGUCUGAGGUGGAAAAUAUCUUCAGUGACAUUUCCUUAAUGCCCAUUUUCAGUAAUGUAUAUAAAGGAGUAUAUGCCAUUGCCCAUACCCUACACAACCUUCUUGGGUGUAAACAAACAUGUCCUACAAAGAAUCAGCCCGAUCCUCUCACGUUUCUACAACACCUUAAAAGGGUGCAUUUUAAAAGCAAAGAAGGUGAGGUAGUUUAUUUUGAUGAAAAUGGUGACCCUCCUGCAAAAUCUGAAAUAAUAAACUGGCAAGUAAAUACAGAAUAUCAACAUGAAUUUGUGACUGUUGGACUUUAUGACUCCUCUGUCUCCUUUAAUGAGCGUCUAAUGAUAAAUAUGACAUAUAUUGUAUGGGCACAGAAUGACACUCAGGUGCCAAAAUCUGUCUGCAGUGACAGUUGUCCUCCUGGCACAAGGAAGGCUGUACAAAAAGGAAAGCCUAUCUGUUGCUUUGACUGCAUACCAUGUGCUGAAGGAGAGAUCAGUAACAUGACAGAUUCUAUUAAAUGUGAACAAUGCCGGCAAGAUUACUGGUCAAAUCCGCAGAGAGAUGAAUGUGUAAAGAAAGAAAUUGAAUAUCUCUCAUAUGAGGAAACUAUGGGAAUUUUGCUAACAGCUGCUUCUAUCAUUGGUGCAUUGAUGACAAUGGUAAUAACAAUAAUAUUAUUUAAAUACAGAAAUACCCCAAUUGUGAAAGCCAACAACUCUGAACUGAGCUUCCUGCUGCUCUUCUCGCUGGCUUUGUGUUUUCUUUGUUCACUUACAUUCAUUGGUCAGCCUUCUGAUUGGAACUGUAUGCUACGCCACAGCAUCACCUUUGUCCUCUGCAUCUCCUGUGUUCUGGGAAAAACAGUAGAGGUGUUAAUGGCCUUCAGGGCUACACUUCCAGGCAGUAAUGUCAUGAAAUGGUUUGGGCCUCCACAGCAAAGACUCAGUGUUCUUGCGUUCACUCUCAUACAGGUGCUCAUUUGUGUGCUUUGGUUGACAAUAUCCCCUCCUUUCCCCUUCAAAAAUCUAAAGCGCUCUAAGGAAAAGAUCAUUCUAGAAUGCCAUUUGGGAUCAGCUAUAGGUUUCUGGGCUGUGCUAGGUUAUAUAGGACUUUUAGCACUGUUAUGUUUUAUUUUGGCUUUUCUGGCUCGGAAGUUGCCUGACAACUUUAAUGAAGCAAAAUUCAUCACAUUCAGUAUGCUCAUAUUCUGUGCAGUUUGGGUAACCUUUAUUCCUGCUUAUGUCAGCUCUCCUGGAAAGUUCACUGUAGAAAUAUGUGAAAAUGUGAACCAGCUCCCUAGGCAUGCUAAAACACACAGGCAGAUAAUUCUAAAUGGAAUAAAGGGAGGCCAUUGA